GUGGUCGACGAUGUGUCUACAGAUUGUGCGGGAAAUCCAUUUGUGGGGGCAGUAGAGAAGCGAAGGAACAUUUCAUCAAAAGCAAGGAGUUCAGAUGCCCGGCGGGGACCCCUGCUGUGUAUUAUACCAUAUGGACAAGUGCCCGAAGGACUUUGUUGUCUCGAUUGAGGAGUUGAAGAGGCUCCCUCCUGGCGCUCCGGCAUUCCAGUGGCCGACACUUUUAUUCCCAGAGGACUCGGAGCCUCGCCGGUCGCUUGCUAGUGAGGCAGGGCCRUCUCGCGGUGCAGUUGGUGCACCGGUUCUGGCACCUGUGGCGGGAGGACCGUCGGCCGGUGCAGUCCCACCGCCGGUACUUGGAGGGACCGCGGUGCCGUCGGCAGAGGCAACGAGACCGCCACCUGCGUCGCUCGAGGGCCACCGUGUCUCUCCAUCGGUUGGAUUGCAUCCUAUGUUCACGACUACCGUGGCCAGAGCAUCAGCUGCAGCAGGAGCUCCUCUUGUGGGUGACCGAGGCACAGCUGCGGCAGCCACGGCUCGGUGGUCUCCACCUCGACCUCCACGUUCAGCUCCAUCUUUGGCAGCGGCUGACUUGUGGGCGCCACAGCGCACAGGCGCGGUACCUACGUCGCGGUGGUCUCCUCCUCGUCCUCUGCAUUCAGCUGCCCCUCAGUCGCACCCACCACCGCACCAAGACAUGCAGGGGAUUGCGGCUCACACGCAUCCACCAUCGACUCGGGCGGCAGAGGGCGCGGGUCCGCCCCCACCAAUUCCACUAUCUGAUUCUUCGCCCACGCCUGCUGCCGAGAUUGCCCCCACAUUCGCUGGUGUGGUCGCAGGGGAUUUGGAUCCUAUGGAGCGGCUACGCAACAUUCCACUUCCACAGGCCGCCACACUGGCGAGUCCAGCUGGUUUGUUUGACAUGAGUGCCUCUGGUACGGUCGGUCAGGAUGCCGCCGAGAUCACAGCAUGUGUGGGGUCUCCUCCAUGGUGGGAGGAUUUGAGGCGUUUGUGUAAUAUCAUGGACCCGGUCAUGGAGAUGCUGCASAUGCUGGACAGUGACACACGRCAGAUCAGCAAGGUCCURYGUCGGUAUGAGAUUAUGAUCGCAUCCUGUCUUACCGCGUGCGACUCCCUCACCGCGACAGAGCAGGAUGAGAUCCUUGAGGUUUUCGACAGGCGGCGUACCAUGUUCCGUACUUCAGUGCACAUAGCGGCCAUGAUGCUUGAUCCUGAGUUUCGGGAUGCCACCCUGCCGGAUGACGAUGUGAUGCAGCAGGGGUUGAUUGCCGCUUUGGUUCAGUUUGGCUACCCCGAGGGACCUCCACAGCACAUCGAGGUGCUCACCGCGAUCGACAAGUUUCAUGCCAGGAAGAGGCCUUUUGACAAUGCCACGAUGGAUAGAGCGAUGAGGAGCUAUGAGCACCCAUCCAGUUUUUGGGAGUCGAAGUCGCGCAGACCCGAUCAAUUCGGGAAGUGGGUUCACUAUUGGCAGCAUUUGGAGGACGAGUUGCCCACUGACCAGCAGCUUGUUGCGGGGAGUGGAGUGAGAUUGGCAGCCACACAGGAGGAGAUGCGUGUGGCGAGGGAGCGGAUGCGCAAUGUUUCUCGCAUGGGCACCGAGCGCCGCCUUGUCCAAUUGGACAAGAGACGACGUAGACGUGUUCGGGGUCAUGACGGGCGUGGUGGGCGUGGGGGGCGUUCUGGUCAUGGACGAGGUGGGUGUGGGGGACGUGGACGUGGAUCAGCGGGCGGGAUAUGUCCUCGUAGUGCGCAACCUGGGCUGCGUGAUGAGGCGAUGGUCGACCUUAUUCGUUUCCCUCGACAGCAUUGGGACGAGGGUGAUUUUUUGUAUCACAGCUCCGAUAGCGACGACGAGGAUUUCUUUUGUACCGCCAUGCUGCGAGGCGGAGACGACGACGGCAGGCCGGACGACGACCGUCCGGAUGAUGAUGAUAGUGAUGAUGGAGCGGGCGACGAUCGGGACCCUCGAUCGUUGAGACGGGGUGGUGGCACUGGUGGGAGAGGUGUUGUUGCACCAGGAGAUGCAGCACGUGAUGGCGGAGGAUUAGACGUCGUCGACGGUGGAGGGGGCUCAGGCGGGCCACAGGCCGAGGAUACCGGAGCAGCGCUGGAGCGUACACGUGUGGAUGUGGCUAUGGACGCCGAGCAGCAUGCGGGAGUGGACGUUGUCGACGGCGGAGGCAGCAGGGAUGGACAGGCCAGUCCCCCGCAUGGCUCGAGACCUCACCUCGUACGAUUGCGGCAUGGGCCGAAGAGGACACAGUCGAUUGCCGAUCGUGUGCGGCACCGCCACGGGACCCUCCCCCCCACCGUUCGUCCACGAGCCGUUGAGUCUGAGCUUGUCCCCGUUUCCGAGGACUCCAUGAGUGAUGGGCCCGUCGAUAAGCGACACCCGUCACCCCUGCAUUCCUGCGUCAUGAUGGGACUGAUGAUUUGAGAGAGAGGCAGACAGUCACAGACAUAGGGGGAGUGACAGGGGGGGGGGUAGGUGAUGGAUUUGAUGGUGGAGGCGGGGAGGAGGGUGGGCUUGGGAGUGAGAGAGAGAGAGAGUAGUCUUCUACAUGGGCAUAUCUAUUUUUAUUGGGCCCAUUGUAUUUUAGUUGUGUUUGAGAGAGAGAGUAGUCUCCUACACGGGCGUCGUCAGACUCGUCAGUGUCGUCACCAUCGAGCCUUCGGCGUGGAGUUUAAACCGUUGUAUUUUUGUUGUGUUUGAGGUUCAUAUGCUCGCUCAAUGUACUCUCUAUGUUCGGGUUGCGGCCUUAGAGGAGUACCAUUGUAGCCUUGUAGGAAGUUGUAGCCUUGUAGGCACUAUAUUUUUCUUGUGUUUGAGGUUCAUAUGCUCACUGCCUGUACUCUCUAUGUUCGGGUAGCACUCUGUAUGUUGUAGCCUGUAGGAUACUUCAUGGAUAAUGGUUUUUGGAACUUUGUGCACUGUCGCUCGCAUUGUUCCAUCUUGUCUCAUUUGGAUUCUCAUUGUAUGCAGUUUCAUUGCCUACUAUUCAGUACAUUUGUUCUUGUUGAAAUCACAUCAUGAAUUGUUGUCGACUUUGUUUGAUGUUAGUAACAGCAGCAAGUGACAGCAGCUGUCAGCAGGGAACCUAUUGAUGCGGAAACUGCGGUGGUAUGACCGUAUGAGUCCGUAUGACUCUUGCACAUGUUUGGUGUUAGUGAGAAUGAAGAACCUAUUGAUUC